CCUCCUUUCUAUUCCCCUGCCAUUCUUUGGAUUAAAAUAAGACAGAGUGGGUUGAAUCUUUAAAAGACCCUUUUUUCUCCCAUUGUAUCUCAUAUCCAAACUCAUUUUUCCUCUUCAAAUUAAAUAUGGAGCUGGGGUUGAGCUUGGGAGAUGCAUCGAAAUCUCCAGUUUUGUUGAAAGAGAACAACUCCCCAAAUCAGAACCAAAAUCAAAGCAAGACCAGCGGCCUCGAUUUCUGCAUGUCUUUGGGGCUCACCUCCAACAAUCAAGAAAGAGGAAAAGCUCAAGAGAACGACGACGUAUCGGCGAGUGAUGACAGUCAAGAGGAAACUCCUCUCCAGUUGAAUCUCCUACCUCUUGCUCCUCUUCCUCGCCAGAUUUCCUCUUCCCAUAAUGGGAGCUCGAAAAAUGGGUCGUCAGCGGCGAAGGGAUUUGACGUGAACCGGACGCCGGCGGCGGAGGAGGCCUCGUCGUCGAACAGCAGGCGAGAAUUCGAGGCGAACGACGACGACGGCCUCAACGCUCGCAAAAAACUCAGAUUGUCGAAAGAGCAAUCCGCUUUUCUCGAAGAAAGCUUCAAAGAACACAGCACUCUCAAUCCUAAACAGAAACUGGCGCUUGCAAAACAGCUGAAUCUACGAGCCCGGCAGGUGGAGGUCUGGUUCCAGAACAGAAGAGCGAGGACGAAGCUGAAGCAGACGGAGGUUGACUGCGAGUAUUUGAAGAAAUGCUGCGAAACGCUGACUCUGGAAAACAGAAUAUUGCAAAAGGAAUUGCAAGACUUGAGAGCCCUCAAAACUUCAAAUCCAUUCCACGCCGCCACCACUCUCACCAUGUGCCCCUCCUGCGAGCGCGUCGCCUCCGCCUCCACCUCCGCCUCCGCCGCCAAGGUCAUACCGUUUCCGCUAGCGAGGCCCAGAUUUUAUCCGUUUCCGACGCAUCCAAAUCAGCCCGCCGCCUCGUGAUUAAUUUAAUGCUAUGCAAAUUACCUGUAAAUAUACAUGGAAAUAACUAAAUUAGCUACCUAGGUCCUUAAUUAAUUUUUCUUGUCAUGUGUUUGGUUUGAUGGUGAUGGAUUGAGCAAAUUUUUCAGCUCGUACUCUGUUGAUUCUGUAGGAGAAUACAAUUAAACAUACAUUAGUUUGGGACAAAAUUCCAGUUGAUUAAUUACUAUUCAUCUUUCUUUU